GCUGUACCAGCAUGUGCCAGAGACACGCUGGCCGAUUGUGUAUUCUCCGCGCUACAACAUCACCUUCAUGGGCCUGGAGAAGCUGCACCCCUUUGACGCAGGGAAAUGGGGCAAAGUGAUCAAUUUCCUAAAAGAAGAGAAGCUUCUGUCCGACAGUAUGCUGGUGGAGGCGCGGGAGGCCUCGGAGGAGGACCUGCUGGUGGUGCACACGAGGCGCUACCUCAACCAGCUAAAGUGGUCCUUUGCUGUCGCCACCAUCACAGAAAUUCCCCCUGUUGUCUUCCUCCCCAACUUCCUGGUGCAGAGGAAGGUGCUGAGGCCCCUUCGGACCCAGACGGGAGGAACCAUAAUGGCGGGGAAGCUGGCCGUGGAGCGAGGCUGGGCCAUCAAUGUUGGAGGCGGCUUCCACCACUGCUCCAGCGACCGGGGCGGGGGCUUCUGCGCCUACGCAGACAUCACACUCGCCAUCAAGUUUCUGUUUGAGCGAAUGGAGGGCAUCUCCAGGGCCACCAUCAUUGAUCUCGAUGCCCAUCAGGGCAAUGGGCAUGAGCGAGACUUCAUGGGUGACAAGCGUGUGUAUAUAAUGGACGUCUACAACCGCCACAUCUACCCUGGGGACCGCUUUGCCAAGCAGGCCAUCAGGCGGAAGGUGGAGCUGGAGUGGGGCGUGGAGGAUGACGAAUACCUGAAUAAAGUGGAGAGGAACAUCGAGAAAGCCCUGCAGGAUCAUCCGCCCGAUGUAGUGGUGUACAACGCAGGCACAGACAUCCUCGAGGGGGACCCCCUUGGGGGGCUGUCCAUCAGCCCAGGGGGCAUCGUGAAGCGGGAUGAACUGGUGUUCCGGGUGGUUCGUGCCCGCCAGGUGCCCAUCCUCAUGGUGACCUCGGGCGGGUACCAGAAGCGCACAGCCCGCAUCAUUGCUGACUCCAUUCUUAAUCUACACGACCUGGGGCUCAUCGGGCUCGAGUCACCCUACGUCUUGGCACAGAACUCAGACACACCGCUGAUUCCCUCAACAGUGCCCUGACCCGCGCUGCCCUUC